UUCUGAAUACCUCAGAUUACUUCUAUUAUAAUCGUCAUUUGUUUUAUCACAAUACCGACUGCACGUUAUGAAUAGAAAUAUGAAGCGUAUAGUUGUGCCGUAUUGCGAUCUACAUUUCGGAUUGUUUUUGUUGCUGCCGUUAUUUAACCCCAGGUCAACCCUGUUCAGGAAGACCUGUGAUUAACGACGUUCCAACCAUCCAGCCAUCCCAGCUUUUAUUUUCAGGAUUUUUACACAGUAUAUCUUGGACCAUAUGAAUUAAUGUGUUUCUUUCGUCUAAGACCAUAUUAGUUUAAUGUGUCUUUCUUUUAUCUUCGACAGCAUUAAUCGAUGUGUCUUUCUUUUUUAAGACCGGUAGGAUGUGAUUUGUGGGAGAUUGAGCUGUUGUUUCUAACACACGUGUGACUUUGUGGGGGACUACCGCGUUGGUUUGUUGUAGUGUUAUCGUAAAGGUGGAGCUUAAACCACCGUAAUGUUGAUUGGACAUGAAAAUAAAAGUUUAUCACGACUUGGAUAGUUUACGUGAUUGUCAAUGCUUUUCUCCACACCCACCACAAAAAAAAAAGAAUAAUAAAAAAUAAACAAACCACUUGCUCUAACUUAUAAGCAGCUUAUGUGACAGUUAAGAAAACAAAGUACCGUUCAUUCUCGGCGAUGCUCCUGUCCCUGACAACAUCUACUUGUAGAACACAAGAGACAACAAACCAAGUUAAAGUGAUGAUCGGGAAAAUAUUUUAUUUCAAGAUUUUUCUGUCUUGUUUCCUCGCUAUUUUUAAUUCAGACUUGUUAUGUGUCGAUGCCGUUUCGAAAACAAAUGUAGACAGAAACAAGACUUUAGUCUGGGGAAUUGGUUUAAGAGCAAAUGCCACAUUACCAGUGCGGUAUUUCUUUAUCCAAGCUGUCGAUCGGUUUGGACGAAAUUUUACAGAAUCGGUUGGUGAAAAAGCUUUUCAGAUUUCAUUAGCAGUGAAAGGAACGAAUGUUUGGUAUGGUCACAAUGUUUUUGAUCGGCAGGAUGGAUCUUACAUUGUGAGGUAUCGUCUACAUAGGUCAUAUAAGGAUAUUGAAAUCCAUGUUAAGCAUAAAGGAAAACAUGUUUCUUCAUCACCGUUCACUCUUCAUGGAACUUCAUAUCACGAGGAUUGUUAUUGUCCAGUGUUGAAUUUUGACAAAUGGCUUAAAGCAAUGGAAUGUCCUUCAACAUACAAACAAAUUGAUGAUGACUUACAGAUUUGGAAAAAUGCAAUAAAUAUGGAAAAAUUAGCUCCAAAAAUAGUCAAAAGAUUCAAUCACCAUGGACAACAUAGUAUUUGUCAUUACAAAAUAAUCAACAAUAAGUUGAGCCGUAAGUGUUAUGGAGAACACACAGGGUUUAGUAUGUUUUCUGAUACGCCAUUCCUUUCAUUGGCUCGCAAAGUUAUCCUGCCUGAUAUGGAUUUCUUUAUCAACCUUGGUGACUGGCCAUUAUCUGAGAAGUCAAGUAAGCAAACAUAUCCAAUAUUUUCUUGGUGUGGUUCUCAUGAAACAAAAGACAUUGUGAUGCCAACCUAUGACAUAACAGAAUCUACUUUGGGAAUGAUGUCUAAGGUAACACUUGAUAUACUUUCUGUCCAAGGCAACAGUCCACCCUGGGCCAAUAAAUCUAACUUAGCAUUCUGGAGAGGACGAGACAGUCGUGAGGAGAGAUUGAACCUGGUCAUGUUGAGUAAGAAACAUCCCGACUUAGUUGAUGCUAUGUUAACAAAUAUGUUUUUCUUUCCAAAAGACGAGAAAAAAUAUGGCAAAAUUGUACAACCUGUCUCAUUUUUUGAUUUUUUUAAGCACAAAUACCAAUUGAAUAUUGAUGGCACUGUAGCUGCAUACCGUUUCCCUUACCUUCUGGCUGGCUCAAGUGUUGUUUUGAAACAAGAUUCCCAUUAUUAUGAACAUUUUUACAAUGAACUUACUCCCUAUGUGCACUAUAUUCCAGUGAAGAGAAAUUUGAGUGAUCUAUUAGAUCAACUACGAUGGGCAAAAGAACAUGAAAAUGAAGUUAAAAACAUUGUAGAAAAUGCUCAGAAUUAUGUACUGAAUCGUCUUUUGCCAAAAGAUAUAAUCUGUUACCAUGCCAUUCUCAUCAAUAAAUACUCAAAACUUCUCAAAUCCAAACCAGCACCAGACAGUACUUUCACUAAAGUUGACCAACCUUCAGACCAUGAUUCAUACUGCCAGUGCCAUAGAAAGAAGCCAAAGAAAACACAUGAAGAAUUAUAACGGACUGAACUAAUGAAUUUCUUUUAACAAUUUCCAAGGAGAAAAGGGAAAUUUACAUUACU